CUCUCAGCAGGGAUGAUGUUUAUCAAUAUAUCGAUUUCUGGUUCCUAGUUGGUAUUGGCACGAAAUGGAAAACUUCAAGAAAAGUUAGGAUAUAUGAGUUCGAAUAGCUUUGCAUGGGGACGACAAUUUUGCCGAGAAAACACCAGCCCAAUGACGAGGGAGACUAAUGCCGGUCCUUGUGUGUGAAGAUAAAGAUGAACAACCCUGUCCACCGACAGAGAAUCAGAAAAUGUGGCUGGUUACGAAAGCAGGGAGGAAUGGUGAAGACAUGGCAUCGCCGCUGGUUCUGUCUGAAUGGCGACUGCCUCUUCUACUUCAGCAAGGAGGAUGACCUCAAGGCCCUGGGUUCCAUCUUCCUCCCUGGCAACAGAGUAGUGGAGCAUGCUUUCAACCCAGAUGACCCAGACAAGUUCCUGCUGGAGAUAUUUCCAGAUAAAAAGGAAAAACGUCCGACAGGAUCAGUCCAGUCCAAGAUGACACCCAACCAUGACACAUUUCUUUUGUGGGCUGCCACUGCAGAGGAAAGGGACACAUGGAUCAAGGCCCUCCGCAAGAUUAUGCAUGCACCGUUUGGUGGAGCUAUUUUUGGCCAAAGUUUACAGGACACCAUGGCCUAUGAGCGGAGAUACUGCAGGAAAGUUCCUUUCAUCAUAACGCACAGUGUGGAAUUUUUACGGCAAUAUGGCAUGGAAACGGAAGGAAUAUUUAGAUUGGCUGGUAGAACAUCAUUGAUCAAGGAUUACAAGGAAAAGUUUGACUGUGCGGAGAAGGUGAAGUUUGAUAUAUCAGAGAUAGACAUUCAUUCGGUGGCGUCGCUUGUGAAGAUGUACCUCAGGGAACUUCCCGAUUCCAUCAUUCCUUCUCAAAGCUAUCAAAAGUUCAUGAAUAUUGCUCUCAAUUUUCAAGAUGCUCGGGAUCUCGACACCAAAAUGGAAGUUGUAGUGGAAGCUAAUUUGGCUAUUUCAGAAAUUCCUGAUGAAAAUUACAAUUCUUUAAGUUACUUAUGUACAUUUUUCCAUGAUGUAGGUGAAAAAUCAGCUAUUAAUAAAAUGACAAAUCUUAAUCUAGGGACUGUUUUAGGUCCCAAUAUCGUACGCAAUGUAACUGAGGUGAACACACCAGAGUUACUAAUGGCAACAGCUGAUCUCACACAACAGUUGGCUUACAUGAUGAUUUGUUACCCAGAUAGAAUAUUUACCAAAGAGACUGAGAGCCCUCCACAAGUACCUGUGGAUACACUACUUGACCUGAGCCCAGAAGAAGAACCUAAGGAUAUUGGGAACAUUCUCCAGCCUGUGACAGAUGAAAAUAUCUUUAAUCAGCCUCUGAUUCGCACCAGUCUGCUGGAGGAGCUCAAAGACAUUCAGUUUGCUGACAAUGACGUGUUUACCUCCCCACAGAAUGAUCUGUCUCCUGUAAGUGACCUGUCAGACAAAACUUCCAGUUCCACAGAUAACAUGUGUGAUGACAAUGUUGACUCUGACAGACCUAUUGUCCCAAAAAGGAAGAGUAAACUAGAGAGAGGGCGGCGGGUCAGUGAACGGGCCAAAAAUGACCCAUGUCCUCCCUCUCCUACCUCUCCAACUCUGUACAAACCAGACAGGUCAAGUCUGAUUAAGCGAAACAGAAACUCCUUAGAAAUAAAUGGGUCUGAAAAUGUGAUACGAAACCACGAAUCUCAGUGGAACAGGAGAACCGUACUGGGCACACAUGAGGACGACAAACUGUCAAAGCUGAGACAGGAGGCCCUGGACCUUAAUCGAACAAUUGAGGCUUUGAAAAAGAAACAUGGAGAUCAGAUGUCAGCCACAAAAUUAAAGUAUGAGAACCACAUCAAGUCACUCUCUACACAGCUUGAAACUAUGAAAGAGAAGUAUGAAAAACGUGUUGCUUCUCUUGAAAAGUCAAAGAAAGAAGAAGUAAAAAACCUCUGUAUAAAGCUGGAAUCUGAACGACAUUCCAGAAAUGAAGCUGUGAGUCGAGUGAUGGAACUGCAAGCUGAGCUACAGAAGUAUCAGUCUCAGUUUGGCAAGUUAGAUGCUAAGUAAUGGUAAACCAGAACAGUGGUAUCCUAAGUAAUGGUAAAUCAGUACAGUGGUAUCCUAAGUAAUGGUAAAUCAGUACAGUGGUAUUCUAAGUAAUGGUAAACCAGAACAGUGGUAUCCUAAGUAAUGGUAAACCAGAACAGUGGUAUCCUAAGUAAUGGUAAAUCAGUACAGUGGUAUUCUAAGUAAUGGUAAACCAGAACAGUGGUAUCCUAAGUAAUGGUAAAUCAGUACAGUGGUAUUCUAAGUAAUGAUAAACCAGUACAGUGGUAUUCUAAGUAAUGGUAAACCAGUACAGUGGUAUCCUAAGUAAUGGUAAAUCAGUACAGUGGUAUUCUAAGUAAUGAUAAACCAGUACAGUGGUAUUCUAAGUAAUGGUAAACCAGUACCGUGGUAUCCUAAGUAAUGGUAAACCAGUACAUUGGUAUCCUAAGUAAUGGUAAACCAGAACAGUGGUAUUCUAAGUAAUGGUAAACCAGUACAGUGGUAUUCUAAGUAAUGGUAAACCAGAACAGUGGUAUUCUAAGUAAUGGUAAACCAGAACAGUGGUAUUCUAAGUAAUGGUAAACCAGAACAGUGGUAUUCUAAGUAAUGGUAAACCAGUACAGUGGUAUUCUAAGUAAUGGUAAACCAGAACAGUGGUAUUCUAAGUAAUGGUAAACCAGUACAGUGGUAUUCUAAGUAAUGGUAAACCAGAACAGUGGUAUUCUAAGUAAUGGUAAACCAGUACAGUGGUAUUCUAAGUAAUGGUAAACCAGUACAGUGGUAUUCUAAGUAAUGGUAAACCAGUACAGUGGUAUUCUAAGUAAUGGUAAACCAGAACAGUGGUAUUCUAAGUAAUGGUAAACCAGUACAGUGGUAUUCUAAGUAAUGGUAAACCAGAACAGUGGUAUUCUAAGUAAUGGUAAACCAGUACAGUGGUAUUCUAAGUAAUGGUAAACCAGUACAGUGGUAUUCUAAGUAAUGGUAAACCAGAACAGUGGUAUUCUAAGUAAUGGUAAACCAGUACAGUGGUAUUCUAAGUAAUGGUAAACCAGAACAGUGGUAUUCUAAGUAAUGGUAAACCAGAACAGUGGUAUUCUAAGUAAUGGUAAACCAGUACAGUGGUAUUCUAAGUAAUGGUAAACCAGAACAGUGGUAUUCUAAG